AUGGGGGAUGUCAAGAACUACCUAUACGCCUGGUGCGGGAAGAGGAGGCUGAUGCCGACCUACGAGAUCCGCGCCGGCGGCGGCCGCAACCGGCAAACCUUCCUCUGCGAGGUUCGAGUGGAAGGCUUCAACUAUGUUGGCAUGGGCAAUUCCACCAACAAGAAAGAUGCACAGAGCAAUGCUGCCCGAGACUUUGUCAACUACUUGAUUCGUGUGAAUGAAAUGAAGAGAGAGGAAGUCCCUUCAUUUGGACCAGCAACUGGUGAUGCCCCUGAUGGACAAGAAGCACCUAGAGAUGCUACUGGUUCCAGUUCUUCUUUGGGUGGACCUCUUCCUCCCCAUUUGAUUCUAGAGUCUGAAAUAGGCAAUGGCCCCAGUGCAGCACCUGGAGACUGUGGCGAUCAUGGAGCUCAGUGGGAUCGGGGUGCAAAUUUGAGCGAUUAUUACUUAAAGAGAGAGGAGCAAGAAGUGCAAGCAACCUCAGGGUCAGAAUCAGACUCAAAUGCUGAUCUUCAUGGGAACUGGAACUUGGAAAAUGCCAAGGCACGUCUGAACCAGUUUUUCCAAAAGGAGAAGAUUCAGGAAGAAUAUAAAUACACUGAAAUGGGGCCUGAUCACAACAGGAGCUUUAUUGCAGAAAUGAACAUCUAUGUGAAGCAGCUGGGCAGAAGAAUUUUUGGUCGUGAGCAUGGAUCAAACAAGAAGCUGGCAGCCCAGGCCUGUGCCCUUUCCUUGGUUAGACAACUCUACCAUCUUGGUGUCAUAGAACCGUAUUCUGGACAGACAAAGAAAAAAGGAGAAUCGAUGGAACCCUAUGAUGUGUUGCUGUCCCCUGAUUUAGAAAGUCAGCUGCAAAAAACCAUACGGGAGCUGUCUCUGGAGACUGUGCCUUUGCCUGAAGAUCCCAGUAAUCCAGUUUCUAUUAACGUUGGAAAGUUGGCGCAUUUUGAACCAUCACAGAGACAGAGUUAUAUGGAAGCUGUUCCAUGGUCACCACCUCAUUCCAACUGGAACCCUUGGACUGGCUGCAAUAUCGAUGAGGGUCCUCUGGCAAAUCUCGCUCCAGAGCAAAUCAGCAUGGAUUUGAAAAGUGUUUUCAUGUACCGUUUGGAGCAUGAGGAAGAGCUGCAAAGAAUCCAGGAAGAGAGAGACACCUUACCUGUGAAGAAUUUUGAAAAUGAAAUUCUGCAUGCGGUCCAGAACAAUUCUGUUGUCGUCAUUCGUGGUGCCACCGGUUGUGGCAAAACCACACAAGUGCCCCAGUACAUCCUAGAUGAGUACAUCAAAACCAACAGAGCUGCAGAGUGCAACAUAGUGGUGACACAGCCCCGCAGGAUCAGUGCUGUGUCCGUAGCGGAGCGUGUUGCAUACGAGAGAGGAGAAGAGCCUGGGCAGAGCUGUGGCUACAGCGUGCGAUUCGAGUCGGUGCUGCCUCGGCCCCAUGGCAGCAUGCUCUUCUGCACUGUAGGUGUUCUUCUGAGAAAAGUGGAGGCUGGGAUCCGUGGCAUUAGUCAUGUUAUUGUUGAUGAGAUCCACGAGAGAGACCUCAAUACUGAUUUUCUCUUGGUGGUGCUGAGAGAUGUAGUCCAGGCAUAUCCUGACAUCAGGGUUAUCCUCAUGUCUGCCACCAUCGACACUAGUAUGUUUUGUGAAUACUUCUUCAACUGUCCUAUCAUUGAGGUCUUUGGUAGAACCUUUCCUGUCCAAGCUUAUUUUCUGGAAGAUUGCAUUCAAAUGACUAAGUUUGUUCCUCCACCAAAAGAAAAGAAGAAGAAAGAUAAAGAUGAAGAAAAUGAAGAUGAUGAUGCCAAUUGCAACCUCAUUUGCAGUGAUGAAUAUGGCCCAGAAACAAAGCACUCCAUGGCUCAGCUGAGUGAGAGAGAAACUUCUUUUGAACUGAUUGAGGCGCUGCUAAUUUAUAUCAAGACCCUGAAUGUCCCAGGAGCUGUACUUGUUUUCUUGCCUGGCUGGAACUUAAUAUACACAAUGCAGAAGCAUCUAGAAAUGAAUCCACGCUUUGGAAGCCAGCAGUACAGAAUUUUACCUCUGCAUUCGCAAAUUCCUCUGGAGGAGCAGCGUCGAGUGUUUGAUCCUGUGCCUCCUGGAGUGACAAAAGUUAUUUUAUCUACCAGCAUUGCUGAGACUAGCAUUACCAUCAACGAUGUGGUCUAUGUUAUAGACUCCUGCAAACAGAAAGUGAAGCUGUUCACUGCUCAUAACAACAUGACAAACUAUGCCACAGUCUGGGCAUCCAAAACUAACUUGGAGCAGCGGAAAGGAAGAGCUGGACGUGUGCGUGCUGGUUUUUGUUUCUAUUUAUGCAGCAGAGCUCGCUUUGAAAGACUUCAAACUCACAUGACACCGGAAAUGUUUCGAACGCCGCUUCAUGAAAUUGCUUUGAGCAUCAAAUUGCUGCGGCUGGGAGGAAUCGGCCAGUUUUUGGCCAAAGCAAUAGAACCACCACCUUUGGACGCAGUGAUCGAAGCAGAACGCACGCUAAGAGAUCUUGAUGCCCUGGAUUCCAAUGAUGAGCUGACACCUCUUGGAAGGAUCCUAGCCAAGCUUCCCAUUGAACCUCGUCUGGGCAAGAUGAUGAUAAUGGGCUGUAUUUUUUAUGUGGGAGAUGCUAUUUGUACCAUCUCUGCAGCCACCUGUUUCCCUGAACCUUUCAUCAACGAAGGCAAACGCCUGGGUUAUGUCCAUAGGAAUUUUGCUGGGAGCAGGUUUUCAGAUCACGUUGCUUUGCUCUCUGUUUUCCAGGCCUGGGAUGAUGCAAGAAUGGGUGGUGAAGAAGCAGAAAAAAGGUUUUGUGAACACAAAAGGCUCAGCAUGGCUACUCUGAGAAUGACUUGGGAAGCAAAGGUCCAGCUGAAGGAUAUACUUAUCAGUUCUGGCUUCCCUGAAGAAUGCUUGAUUACUCAGCCAUUUAACAACACUGGACCAGAUAAUAACCUGGAUGUUGUAAUCUCCCUGCUUGCUUUUGGGGUCUACCCCAAUGUCUGCUACCACAAGGAGAAGAGGAAAAUUCUUACCACUGAGGGGCACAGUGCGCUCAUCCACAAGUCAUCUGUCAACUGCCCUUUCAGCAGCCAGGACAUCAAGUAUCCAUCACCCUUUUUUGUGUUUGGAGAGAAGAUCCGAACGCGAGCCAUCUCUGCAAAAGCAAUGACCAUGGUGAGCCCACUGCAGCUGUUGCUCUUUGCCUCCAAGAAGGUGCUGUCAGAUGGGGAGCUCAUUCUGGUGGAUGACUGGAUCAAGCUGAGGAUGCCCCACAAUGCAGCUGCCUGCAUCACUGCUCUGCGUGCAGCAAUGGAGGCUCUUGUGGUGGAAGUAACUAAAGAUCCUGGGCUCAUUCAGCAGCUGGACCCAGCGAACGAGCGAAUGCUGAAUGUGAUCCGCCAGCUCUCCAGGCCCUCAGCCUCAGGCCUUAGCCUCUUGGCUGGCAACACAAGGUUCGGCGAUGGUCCUCGUCCCCCCAAAAUGCCUCGCUACGACAACGGAGGCGGCUUCAGAGGCUGGGGAGGUUCCCCACGUGGUUCUGGCUACAGAGGUAGAGGGUAUGGUGGCUACGGCUACUCUGGCAGGCGCCCGGGAGGAAGAGGAUACCAAGGUGGCCCUGGGGGAGGCUAUGGGGGAGGAGGCUACCAAGGAGCAGGUGGUAGCUAUCGAGGAGGCUGCGGGGGUCCAGGGCGGGGAGGACUCCGCUCCCGGCCUGCCCUGCGCUGGCAGCCCCGCCCUGCCUCGCCUCUCUACGCCCGGGCCGGGCCCAUCCCAGCCCAGCCCGCGGCCAGGCGCGGAGCGGCGGCGGCAGCCAGCGAGCGACCGAGCCCCGCGCCGCUCGGCCGGUUCCUUCCGCCGCCGGCCUGA